AUGGCCGCUGCCAGCUCCAGCAGGGCCAGGGCCGGGCCUCCCUGUGAGAAGUCCCCGCUGUCCAUUAAAGUGGUGUCGGUGAAGCCCAAAGCGCAGAGCCGCCCGUCGCGGAUGAACUGCUACGUGGAGGUGGCGGGCGAUGGGCUGCCCAGCGAGACCAAGAAGACAGGGAAGCAGAUGGGGAGCUCGGAGCUGCUGUGGAACGAGAUCCUCAUCCUGUGACAAGCCAGGCCUUCAGGCACCGCUGGACACGGAGCCAUCACCUACUUCAUGUCCCAGGACCUCCUGGUGGUCACCCUCGUGCAGGACCCUUCUUGCCCUGUGUAUCGUGUCAAACUGGCCGAAUCCCUUGGCUUCCUGACCAGGAUCUCCCCUGCAGCCCCAGCUUCUGGGUCUGUGGGGCAUGUGGAGAACAGGCAGCUGACCCUGGACCUGCAGACGGAGAACAAAGGCAGCGUUGUCUCGGGCGGGGAGCUGACAAUUUUCCUGGACGGGCCCGCUGUUGAUCUGGGAAGUUUGCCUAAUGGCAGCGCCGUGACGGAGGGGUCGCAGGUGCCUGGACGGGACCCCAGCAGCACGGCUGCGACCACAGAGGGCAGACACCAGGCUCCCAGUACGAACUGCUUUGGGAGCAGACCGAGGACGCACCGCCAUGCGGCCGCGGUGGCCAGGCAAAGCCCAGGGAGCGGAGAGCAAAGUCCCGGCACCAGGAGCCGGCACCGGAGGUCACGCAUCGCGGCGACAUGGCCAACGGCACGGCCAGCGGCACAG